ACCGUCGGGCGCGCGGGCGGUCCGCUGUUCCACGGAAGCCGUCGUCGCCGGCCGGCGCGACCGCUAUUACGAUACAAUAUCAUACAUGUAGACGACGCGUUACGCGACCGCGCCGCAGAUCACCGGUGACCGGCGGACGGACGAUCGCGUGCGUCGUGUAUGAGAGUUUCUCUCGAGUACGCGUUUCGCGAUCGCAUGUGUCAGUGAUAUUUGUGUUUGAGUGUGUGUGUCUGCCGCCGCGAAUUUGACGAGUGAACGUGCCGCGUCGUAAGUUCGUGCGCGCCAAAGUUUCACCCGACGCCCUUUGUGAUAAAUUUAACCGUUUUGAUUUUUAGUUUUAUUUCUAUCCCUCCCCCCAAUUCGAAGUGAUUUAUUUAUCCGUCUUCCCAGUACUCGCGUAACGCCGUCGAAUUUUCAAUAUAUUAUAUAUAGAUAUACCUAGACACAGGGACAUAUACCUAUAUGCUAGCGCGUUAACCGUCGUCCUCUAUGCGGAUAAUAUUCGUCUACUCUCACGUUGUCGCCGGAUAAUGAAAACCUCGCUCUGUCUGUCGUUAGUGGAGUGGAGAAUUUUGAAGAUUAGUUAAGCAUGCCAUCCUAAUGGUGAUCAAAGUAAUGGCUGGUAAAUGAAAGUGCGAAGGGGUGCACAUGGGUUGCGCAUCUAGUAGCAAAGACGUUUUCAAAUAUCGUCAUAACGCGAUUGAAAAAAAUAAUACUGUUACAUUGGACCGUCUUUUACACGAUCAAACAGCCAAUACUGAAUCAUGGAAUGCAGAACAUACAGUGAGAAAUAACGGAAUAGUAAAUAGGAGUAGACUACUAAAUAUCCUGCCAGAAAUGUGGGACAAUUGUUGUAGAAGGAGUGGAUCUACGUCCGACUUGUCAAGGGACACAGUAGAUGCAUAUUCACCAAUAAACCGAAGUGAUUCUCCACUAGCGCAAACACCUGACAAUUUUAACAACUUCAUGUUUGGUUGCUCAAAAUAUAUUCAAGACCUACGUUCAAAUACUUCGUUAAAAAAGAUACUGUUAGUAACAUCUAAAGAUGAUUCAGUAUGGCAAUCUAUAACAACAACAGCCAGAAAUCUUGAAUGGACUGUAAACCGUGUUACUAGUACGGAAGAAGCGUUGGAGUGUUUUCACAAGGGUAACGGAGUACCAACAGUAGCGUUUGUUGAUUGCAGAUUUCAAAAUGACAAGACUGUAGACGCACAUCAAAUAGCAAGGUCGUUACGUUCGAUUAGAAAGAAUGCUCACGUUGUACUUGUCGCUUUAGUAAGGAAAAGCCUUGUGUUGAAAAACGAAAAAGACGUUACGUCCAUUUUAACCAGUGGAUUUAAUAAGAUAAUUGUAGAAACAUGCAACAAAAACGUAUGGAUCAAAGAGUUGCAACAGCUGGAAAAAGAAGAUGUUGCGAUGCGUUCAAUGUUAGCACAACAAGACGCAGUUUUAGCUGCACUGGACAAGACCAAAGACCUCGUUAUCAUUACUGACCUCAAACACAACAUUCAAUACAUGAAUAAGUCGGGCUCAGUGAUUUUGGGAUAUGGUGCCGAAGACGUGAUAAACAAACCACUGGCUGUAUUCCAUCAGCUGUGUGAUAUCGACCAAAUUACCAAAAAGCUAGAGAAAAACAUCGAAUGGGAUGGUAAAGUAUCGUGGAAGUGCAAAAGCGGUGAACACGUGUACCUUCAUUGCCGAGCUUCUCCGUUUCGAUCGUUUGGGAAAGAAACAACGAAUUAUAUAUACAUACAAGAAAGUAUUGUAGAUGUACAUGGUUUUCCUAGAGGGAGUGUUCCAUCCAUUCGUAAAGGAUCAUAUGACCUCAAAUCUAUUAACAGCGAUGAUUUUUCUAUAAUAGGCGCACAAUCCGCUCGAAGACAAAGUUUGGCAAAAUUACAUAACUUGCCACUUGAAGCACCAAUCACAAAAGUAAUUUCAUUGAUAUGUACAGCUCAAGAAAACUCGAACGACCAAGUUGUACAAAUUUUGGAUAAAGUUGUUGAUAUAUUGCGUGUUACUGAACUAUAUUCGUCACAUUUAAAAACCGAAAAUAUCAAAUACGAUGAUCCCGUUACGUCAGAUCUUAUCGGAGCUCUUAUUACGCAAGGGCCUGUACACGUGACAUCCACUAGAAGAAGCUCUAAUGAUUCAGCUACUGUUAAAAGUCAGCCUUACGGUUUGGGCGUUGCUAAAAUGAAUUUUAUGACAAGUGUAACUCCCCAAAUCAAAGAACUCUUAGACAUGUCUCUAUAUUGGGAUUUCAAUGUGUUUAAGCUCGAAGAACUUACUAUGAAAAGGCCUUUGGUACAUCUAGGAAUGAAUCUACUGACACACUUUGAAGUACACAAAACAUUAGGUUGUGACGAACGAACAUUGCAUGCUUGGUUAACUGUGAUUGAAGGUCAUUAUCACGCUAAAAAUACUUAUCACAACUCUACACAUGCUGCCGAUGUUCUCCAAGCAACCGCCAUGUUUUUAGAAAAAGAUCGCAUAAAAAGGCUUUUAGAUCAAUUGGAUGAAGCUUGUUGUCUGAUUGCAGCGAUCACACAUGACAUCGAUCAUCCCGGAAAAUCGAGCGCGUUCCUGUGUAAUUCUAAAAACGAUUUGGCCAUCCUGUACAACGACAUAAGCGUUUUGGAAUCUCACCACGCCGCUUUAACGUUUAAACUCACUACCAAGGAUGAACGAUUAAACAUUUUUAAAGGUCUGGAAAAAGACACUUACAAAGUGGUAAGACAGAACAUUAUCGACAUGAUAUUGGCCACCGAAAUGACGAAGCAUUUCGAACAUUUAGCCAAAUUCGUGAGCGUCUGUAACAAACCUUCAACACUCGACGAAGCGCCCGUUGACGGAUUAACUCCUAGCGAAGUAAGUCCUGAGACUAUAAUGCCUACUAGUGCCGAGGAAGUAAAUCUGGUGAAGAGAAUGUUAAUCAAAUGUGCAGACGUGUCCAAUCCGACUAGACCAUUAAAAAUGUGCGUGGAAUGGGCUAAACGGAUUGCCGAAGAAUACUUUAAUCAAACUGACGAAGAGAAACUCAAUCAUUUGCCAGUGGUGAUGCCAAUGUUUGACCGAGCAUCAUGUUCCAUACCAAAAUCGCAAAUCGGCUUUAUGGACUACAUCAUAAACGAUAUGUUUGAGACGUGGGACUCAUUCAUAGACAUGCCGGAGAUGUUGUACUACAUGAGGAGCAAUUAUCAAUACUGGAAAGAUCUGGAAGAAAAAGGAACGAUCAGCUUUAACGACAUUUGUAAAAUGAUGACCACUACUUUGCCAAAGAUACCUGAGUCCAGUGGCAACCACUGAUAACAAUUGUGAUUAAUGUUCUACAAAGUAUAGUGUCCGCCGUUAAAAUGGACAUAACGGUGGCAGAUAAUAAUAUUUUAAAAUUUGUUGUCCUGUAACUAUCUGAUACCAAAUUUAUCCAACUAUUCCAUCGAUGUUACAUCACGGAAAUAUUUAUUUUUCGUUUCUACAGAACAUUUGAGAAAAACUAAUUAACCGACACAAUAUUUAUUCUUAUGUAUAUAAUAUACUUCUAUUUAACUAGUGUAUGCUAUUUUUAACUUGUAUAUACUAUUACCUUCAAAUUGAACAGGUGUUUUUUUUAUUAUUAUUAUGAUUAUUGUUUUAUCAUCUUUGAUAAAUUAUGUAAGUUAUAUACUUAUACGCUAUUUUCUGCGUUUUAUUAUAAAAUAUCUUCGAUUUACAUAAAAUCGACUUUAAAUACUAUUUGAUGUUAAUAUAUAAUAUUAUAUGUUAAAAUUUUUUUUAGCAUAUAGAUUUUUCGCCAAUACUAAGGUACCUAAAAUAUUAUCACGGUAAAUUAUUUUUGUUACCAUUAAGAUUAACUAAAGACUAUUAAUAUUACACUUUAUAUUACUUAUUAUAUUGUAUUGUAAAAAUAUAUAUUAAAAAAAAAUUUCAUUUUAUUUGCAAACAUUUUGGGUGCUUCCUAAUCUUAUGUUAUAUGUAAUAUGUGUUAAUCGACAACAAAUUUAGAUAUUGUCUAUACAUAGCUGAGCGUUUAUAAAUUGAAAUUUAGUUAUUCGUGUGUAUUAUAUAUUGCGUAUUUAAACACCUUAAUCUCCCAAAUUUUACAUUAUAUAAUAUAGAAUAAGUAUUAUGAAUCAUUAUAUUGAGUUCUUUUCUCAUGAUGUGUAGCAGUUAGCUUCAAUUUCAUAGUAUAUCGUAAUGCUGAGUACAAAAAAAGAUUUAAACUAUAUAAUGUUACCUUCUAUUACUAUUUUGUUGAAUACGCGAGCGCUCUUCUAAUCCAUAAUUUAAAAACAAGAAUUAGCUCGUUAACCAUAUCUAUUUUUACAUUUCAACAAUAUACUUAUUUUUUUUAAAUUUUAAAUUAGUUAUAUUUAACUAUAUACCUUAUAAUAUACUUAAAAUGUUACAAUAUAUUUAUUUACUAUUACAUUACAUUUAUUUAAGUACUAUUAUAAUAUUAUAAAAACUAUAUGAAGUAUUUAAAUGUAUUAUUGUAUAGCUUUUGUACAUAUAGUUAUAAAAGCGAACCCAAAAUGUAAGUAUUAAAAUUAAAACAAUAAAAAAUAUAUUCUUAAUGUUAUCUUAUAUCGUGUCAAUAUUGGUGUAAUUGUUCAUUAAAACACAUGAUCAAAGUCAGUUACCACAUACUUAUAGUCUAUAAUGCACGUGAAAUAUUAUAUUAUAAUUUAUAACAUGGUAUUUAAGGACUGGAUGUACACUUAAAUGAUCAAAUUGUAUUUGAUCUAUAAAUAAACUACUUGAUUAAUUAUAGUUACUUCACGAUUAUUGUAAUAUGUAGGCAGGUAUGUAUUGUACACAGUACACACGUAUUAUAAAAAAAUAAUAAUUUUAACAACUUUUCUAUGUGUAACGUAAUAUAAUAUUAUUUUAAGCUUUGAAAUAUUGUGUUUUAAUAACUAGUAUGAAAAUAACUAUACACUAUAUCAUUCUUCAUUGUAUAAGUAUACUUUAUGAAUAAAAGUUUAAGAAACUUACCAAUAUUAUAAA